AUGACCGUAAACCUGAGGACUAGUCGACCCAUCGACGAGCCAGGAAGGCUGCUGCUAUUCCCCCAAGUCGAAGAAUACCAACGCCUGAUUUUUGCCGUUCGAAAUCCGUCAAAGGCGACGGUGGGCAGUAAUCCUCGCCGUAAGCCUCCAUGCGUGAACUACAAAGCCUGUGAAAGAGCAAAACGCUGGCGAGAAGCAAUAAUGCAAGACCUGCUGUCGUCCGGAAUGAAAAACCAGAGUCGAAGAGAUUUGAUUCCGAGAUCGACUCGGACGUCCCGCUGUUUUUCUUGUCAAGACAUCGAGGCUGUUAUCUUGAAGCCUUGGUACAAAAGCCCUAGUAGACGCGAGUCUGUAUCGGAAGAGCAAGCUCGACAGUGGAGCCAGAUGUCGCACAAACAAACUGGGCCGUCCGAAUUUGCCUUGUUCAGUCGCCGGGCACCUCAAUGGCUUAUCCGGUCGCCCCUCUUCCUCUGCUAUGCUGCUGCCUUAUUUCCUGGAUUUUUACUUUGA